CUGUACUUCCACUGCUACAGUGUAUAAAAAAGGAAGAACAGACAGAGACUAGUCAGUAUCGUUCUAGGGGUGUUCAGCCAUGGAGCACCAACAGAACUUCUGCAGAAAUGGACCUCUCUGUGGACAAGGAGGAUCUGUAUUUGGAAACUACAAAGUGAUCAUUGUGUGUCUCGGACUGCUGAAUGCCGUGUUAUUCAUAUCUGCCGUUGUUCUUGGUGUUAAAUGUGCUCAAGUCAAACAAGCCUCUCUAGAGGUUUCCCACUCACCUGCAUCUGAGGUCAUCAGUGAGGUCGCUUUUCUUCGCAGCAACCACAGCGAUGUGAUUGAAGCUGAAAAGCAAGCCAUGAGAGCAUUGGCAAAUGCAAUAAAAAGUCACACACAACUAAAGGAGCAAAUUGAGCAGCAAAAGAUCAUCAAUGAUGGAUAUCAGAAGCAGGUGGAAGCUCUGCAAGUGGAGAAGACACACCUGCAGGCCAACAUAUCGGCUUUAGGUUCAACUUGUGGCAAAUGUCCUCUUGGAUGGCUUAUUUUCAACUCGAGCUGCUAUUUCUUUUCUUACACUGAGUCCACUACUGUGAAGAAGAACUGGCAUAAAAGCAGAGAGGACUGCAUCAAACGUGGUGCUGAUCUUGUUGUGAUUGACAACCAGCAGGAGCAGGAAUUUAUCAGUCAUACUAUUAAUGACAUGAGAAGUGGUCGUGAUGUCUGGGCAAGUGGGUUCUGGAUAGGCCUCACAGAUAAGGAGACAGAGGGGACUUGGGUUUGGCUUAAUAAUGUCACGGAGGUCGAACCAAGGUAUUGGAUGGAUGGGGAACCAAAUGACUGGAACACAGCAGAGGACUGUGGCGUUGCAAUUUACAGCGAUGAGAAUCCUUGGAAGACACGUUAUGACGGUGCCUGUCGUCAGAGACAGUUACAGUGGAUAUGUGAAAUCAACCAAAGCUGAAAACAUGUGAAGCAGUUCCUUACACUCCCAAAAAUAAAGGAUUUCAGUUCCAAAAAUGUGUACUUUUUACUGGCUUUACUUUUGAAAUGUUCUUAUUAUGAUUUUAAGGUGUUUUGAAAGUUUUGACACCAGUAUUUUAACCAAUAUUGGAUCUUGUGUACACAGGUACCUUGCAGAUUUCAGCAUUACAACCUCAAAAAGCCAUUUGGAGCAAGAGAAAGUCACAUAAUUGUGAUUGUGUUUUUUCAGAUUUAAAAAACAAUAUAUGAGAGCUGUCAUGGUCAUCAGUACUUUGAUUUUGUAUUAUGGUUAUUUUGUGUGUGAUUUUGAUUUUGUCACCGUUGGCUGUAGCUAUCCAGUUCAUUCCACAGGUUUAAAACUUUUAGUUCUUGUGUCCUGUAAAUUCCAUAUUUCUAUAAGUAUUUUGAUUCUGAAUCAAGCUGUGUGUUUUAGGUUCUUUUGUUCCUUAAUAAAACUUCACUUCCUGUUAUUUUUAAAAUUA